UCAAUCAGUCAAUGUGUUUGUGUUGCACGGUGCAAAAACAGCGACGUUAAAGGGUCUCGCAUAUACAUAUAUACAGUUAUAAAUGUUUUUUUAUGAACGCAUCAAAUAAUAAUAACACAUACGGAAUAACAAUAACAAUAAAGUGAAUUUUUGUGUUGUGAGUGCGAGUGUGCCAAUGAAAUUAUUUAUGAGAAAUGCAGCAGCAACAAGAACGACGAUGAUGGAGCUGACAACGAUGAUGCUGUUGCCGUUGCUGUUGCUCGCGAUGUGCAUGAGGAAUGCAAACGCAUCCGUUGCGGCCACGAACAGAACAUGCAAACAUGCCACGAACAUGUGGGGCGAUCCCAAUCCCAACAUAUUCUACGUAUGCACUGCGGCGGACCAAAUGCCCCUGCAACUCCACUGUCCGCAGGGACGAGGAUUUUUCAAUGGCCUCGGCCAUCUGGGCUGCCUGCCCUACGACCAAUGGCCAGCCUGUCGUAGCCUCAACUUUACCGCCACGUCGGCUGCCCCGUCGGCUGUUGACUGUGACAGCGGCAGCGGCAGCCAAAUAGCGAAAACAAUACAGCAUCAGCCGUGGGCAACGCUGGAUCCCAAUCAAUUCUACAUGUGCCCGGGUGUUAAUGCCACACCCCUGCUGCUCAAUUGUGCCCCGGGCAAAGGAUUCGUGCAAACUUCACAGUCUGUGGGCUGUGCGGAUUGGCCACACUGGCGACGUCAGAUGCAGUGCGAGAGUUAUUUCUGAGUUUCCAGUUUGCAGUUUGCAAUUUGCAAUUUGCAGCCGGGCGUUAAUAACAAUUAGCGGUGACAACAAAUUGGCCACAAAUAUAAAUACUACACACAUCAAAUGCAUGUGUGUGUACAAACAACAAGCACUGUGAUCGUUUAUUGUGCAUUUUCAACAAAUAACUAAAACUAGAAAACAUCAUCAAACAACAAAUGCAAGUGAUGUUAACCAGAAAUAAAAACACACAGCACACA